CAGCUGAAUAAGAGUACUGGACAACGUUGUGAAAAAAUAAAAAAAAAACGUUGUAGCUCCCCGGGGCGAGACGAGCCAGCUGAUCGAGGAGGUGGCAGACAUAAACAAGCUGUGUGCAUGAGGCUGCAUGACCUGCCCUCCACCCGCGGAACUGGAACAUGUCCCUUGAUGCUGAAGCUCAGGAGGAUGAGCUCCUUGCCCUGGCCAGCAUUUAUGAGGAGAGCUUCACAGCCAGCCAGGUGGAGGUGGAGGGGGCGGAGGCUGGAGGUGGAGACCGGGCCCAGGGGGGAGUCCUCGCCAUCCAUCUAGACCUGCCCCCAGACUUCACCCUCCUCUCUAGGCUCACCAAAGACACAGGUGAGGUGGAGGAAGAGAGGUACCUAGUGGAGUACCUUCCCCCCAUCCACCUCCACUUCACCUUCCCAGCCACCUACCCAUCCCAGCACCCACCUUGCUUCACGCUCUCCUGCAAGUGGCUCAACAGAGCGCAGCUGACCAAGCUGUGCCAGAAGCUGGAUUCCUUGUGGGAGGAGAACGAGGGCUCAGUGAUCACCUUCACCUGGGCUCAGUUCCUGAAGGAGGAGGCCAUGGACUACUUAGACCUCACUGACACACUAGACUUGGACUCUAUGAAGCCAAGUCGUGUGUUUCCCAGCACACCAAACACCUGUGGCCUUGUGACGGACGUGAGCCAAGAGCAUUGUGGUGCUGCGUGUGACCCCAGUGGCGAGAAUUGUGAUAUUAGUGAUAGUCGUACUAGCAAUAGUGACGGUGCUACAGCGGGCAUGAGUGUAGUGGUUAACGGACAGAGUGGCUAUGACAGCAGGGCAGUGCAGGACAUUGGACCCAAAACAAAAGUGCUGCACCUUCUGAAGGAAUACAAUGAGGACACGCGAAGGAAAGUGUUCAAGUCAAAGAUGUUUAAGUGCAAGGUGUGUUUCCUGGACAAGCUGGGAGCCAACUGCCUCGAGUUCUGGCCCUGCAGGCACGUGUACUGCAAGGACUGCAUGGCCUCUUUCUUCUCGGUCCAGAUCAGCGAAGGCAACAUCAAAUUCCUCAGGUGCCCGGAGGAAAAGUGUGAUUCCGAAGCCAACCCAAAACAAGUUCAGGAGGUUGUUUCAGCAGACCUGUACAAUCGCUGGGAUGAAAUGCUGCUCAAUUCAACCCUGUCAUCCCUGGGAGACAUUCAGCCGUGUCCUCGCAUCCACUGCCAGUACCCAGUCACCAUCGAGGAGGGGCAGGGCCAGUGUCCUUCAUGCAAGUUUGUCUUCUGUGGACUCUGCCGUUUUGGUUGGCACGGUGUUGACCUUUGCCGCCUGAAGCACAGUGAGUCCAAGAAAAUCAUGGAAAUCUACAUCAAUGGCACUGAAGACGAAAAGAAGGUUCUCGAGGACAAGUACGGCAAGAAAUACCUGUGCACUCUGAGGGACGAAUUCCUUACACUUAACUACUUGGAAGAGAAUUCAAAGAGGUGUCCCAAAUGCCUUAUUAAGAUAGAGAAAAUGGACGGCUGCAACAAGAUGACCUGCCAGCACUGCAGCAUCUACUUCUGCUGGCUGUGUAAGAUGAUCCUGAACCCCGGCAACCCUUACAACCAUUUCAAUGACCGCAACUCUCCGUGCUUCAACCAGCUCUUCUUCGGCGUGGACCUGGAUGAUGAGCCAGACAUGUCAGACGAGGAAGACUGGUUUUGAGGUGCUGUAAACAAGGAGAGAGAGAUGGCUAUACUCUGUUCAUGUUAGUGUCAAAUAUUAUCCCUCCCUAUCCAUGCCACCCCAGUAAUUAAUACAUUUGUUGACAGCUAGAAAAGACAUUGGCGUUAAAAAAAUGUAGCCUGCCCCCACAAGCCCAGUGAUUAUAAACAGCAAAAGAUAUUGGUGUCAAGAAAAUGUACUCCGCCCCCACAAGCCCAGUGAUUAAAAACAGCAAAAGUAAGCCCUUCCCAUACCAGGCGAAUAAUUAAUACAUUGGUUGACAGCAAAAAAAGAUAUUGGUGUCUUAAAAAAAAUGUACUUCCUCCACACAAGCCCAGUGAUUAAAACAACAAAGUUAAGACUUGCCCAUAUCAUCCCAGUGACUGUUACAUUCAUCGACAACUAACACAGGUAUUCAUGUUGUCCUAAAUAAGUAUGCUGACGAAAGACAACAAAAUUAAGCCAUGCCCAUGCUAACCCAACUGCCACCAAUUAGAUUUAACCUCUUCUAAUCACCACCAAUCACAGCCUGAGUGGGUGAGGGGAUUGUGACGCAUGUGGAUUGGCCAGUGAUAUAAACCUGAUGGACAAAAAAGGGGAGGAGAAUAUUUGUUAAGUUAAUGCGAACAGAGGAUAGACUUAUACAUAUGCAGGACACUACCUAUAACAUGGUGAUAUUCAGGUUAUUUCUUGCCAUAUUGUAUUAUUUAUUGUUCUUUCUUCAUGCAUGACACUUUGGUAUUGUGCUAAGAAGUAUAUGCUCUAAAAUGUGUACUUUUAAUGAAGGUAAAAAAAAAGAAACUAGUUACAUGCUUAACCCUUUCUUUGCGCGUGGUGUGGGACGCGACUAACCCUUCAGGCGCGGUCGGGCAGCCCAAUGGGGGGUCUCUUUUAACCUCUGUAUCUCAAAAACUAUUCAUCACAGCUAAAAAACAAAUACACCAUUGGAAAGAGGAGGCCCAGAUCUAUAGGAAUCGGUUAUGUAUGCCUCUCCUGCGAACGUACAUGCACGUUCAGGGAGUGAUGAAUGUGAACACUUAUGUCAAUACGUGUGGGAUGACCAGCCAUAUUGAGGGAACUGUGGACAUCUCUCCUUGAGGCUCUGGCAAGGUAGUAUUGCCAAAUAUUUACAACUAUUUGGUCAAAGAAUCAGUCAGGUGAUAGGUAAAGCUAUGCAAAAAUGCCGCUCUAUUGGACAAGAACAUCCAUCAGUUACUCGUCCGUAGAUUUUCCGCACUGGGCUGAUAUGAUUUUCCACCAAAUUUAGUGGAGAACCCACUCAGUUGGCAAUCCUGUGUUGUGAGAAAUAUUGUUGGAACACUCGUACGCGGGAGAUUUGUGCGGCUGGAGCUUGCAGCGAGCGUUUAGCACCACCAGCAAAUACGCCUAACGCUCACUGCGAGCAUUUACCAAUGAAAGGGUUAAGACUGAAUAUUUAGAACUUAUUCAGGAAAGGAAUCAUCUUGUUCCAUAAGUUUGUGAUGAACUUUCAAUAAUUUUCAAUGAAGACAAGAAAAUUUCAGUUCUAGUUGCAUGUAUCAUGUUCUAUGUAUCAGUUCUCAAGAAAACUUUUAUGACAUUUGUAUUGAUGAAGAGAAAUUAAAGUAUAAUUUUAUGAAGUAUAAUAAGAUAGUCAAUUGGAUGCCACCACUCGAUAAUCAAAACUUACUCAAGAAAGAAGUCGUUACCUCAGGUCGUACGUUUGUCUGUGAUGAACUCUGGAUGUUACUGAUGAGGACAAGAAUGUUCAGAUAUUUUUUUGUUAUUACUUUCAUUAAUUUUGAUGCAGAGAGAAAUUAAGUGUGAUUUUAAUGUUUUGUUUUGAAGAUGAGGGAAAAAUGGUUGCUGUGAGGUGAGCUGAGUUUGCUACAUGUGUAAAGACUGAGCAGAAUGGAGAACUGCUAUUAGGAGAACACGGCCAACAUGUUUUAAGUAUGUAUGUUGCCUUUUAAAAUGAGAAGAAAAUGAGUAAAGUGGUAGCCAGGGGAACCUAGCAAGUGUUAUGAAAUGAAUAGGAAGAAGCAAAUGUGGAGUGUGAUGACCAAGUAAACCUAGCAAGUGUUAUGAAAUGAAUAGGAGGAAGCAAAUGUGGAGUGUGAUGACUUAAGAAAACCUAGCAAGUCUUAUGAAAUGAAUUAGAAGAAGCAAAUACAGUGUGUCAUAGCCAAGAAAACCUAGCAAGUGUUGUGAAGUGAGUAGAAAGAAGCAAAUGUGGAGCGUGGUGAAACGGAAUGAAGCGGAAGGAGUAAAUGAGGAAUAUGGUGGCCAAGAAACCUAGCAAGUGUUUUGAAAUGAAUACCGUAGGAAGUGGAAAGACCAGUUGUGGAGUGUGAUGAUCAAGAAAACCUAACCUAAGAAAAUGUUUAUACGUAGACUGAAAAGAGUGAGUUGCCAUAAAUGUUGUUGAGAUGAGGAUAAAUUGUGAAGGCAAGGAGAGAGCAUUGUACAACCUUUGCAUCAUAACCAUCAUCAGCAUUCACCAGUCUUCUGCAGAACAAUUCCCUUUCCCAACAUUGUCCACCUGUCUCUUUCUGAUGUUAGUGUACUCCAUUCUGCUCAGGCAUAUGCUCUAAUUUCAUCUCUACUUAGCCCUCUGUCUGCCCUGACUUCUAAAAUCUCUGGGUUGCCACUGUGUUACUUUGGUUGUCCAUCGUUUAGAAUAUGACCUGAACAAGUCCUUCUGCUAUUCUUAUUGAGCAUUAAGAUAUCUUCAACCUACGUCAUCUAAUACAUGAUACCGCACUCACUUUGUCACCAUGUUAUGCCCAGCAUUCUCCUUUAUAUUUUUCUCUACAUUUCUCAGUAUGUUUUCCUUUAUGUGCAAGUUUUGGGAUUUUAUUGCUUCUCUUAUGGAGUUUAGUUGUCAUGCUGUCUAUAUCAUGUAUCUUUCAACACCUUUACAUUCAUCCAUGGCCUGUCCCCUAAGUACCUGCAUGACCGAUGAAGUUCCGAGUCAAAUGCAUGUUCAUUAUCUUUGAAAGCCAUGGAGUCUAUUGUACUCGGCUGAUUUUUCGACAGCUUGGUUAAUAAUGGAGAUUUUGUCAGGUGUUCUGUAUCCACCAUGAAAUCCAGCUUGUUCUCUUAGCUGGUUUGAGUCAGGUGUUGCACUUACUUGGUUUGUGAUGGUCCCAGUGAAAAGUUUGUAAGUUAAAGAGAGAAGACAAAUUGGUCAGUAGUUCUUUGUCUUUUCCACCACCUUUUUUUUUGUGAAUUAAUAUAACGGUGGCAAUUACCCGGUGAGUGAUAAUUUCUUGUUCAUUGAUAUUUUCUCAAGUUUACUGAGAGAAUUUCUUUUCAUUGCAUUAUUUUGAAUUGCUAAUUUUCAUAUAAUUCAGUGAAAGUCCUUGUUUGUGUUGUGUUAUUAUUUAUCACUGCAUUCCUCUUCAUAACUUAAUGCUAGUCAUACUUAGCCAGUGAUAGGAGCUGUGUAUGCCUCGUUAAUAACAUGUAAAUGAUUGUCAAUAGUGAGGUUAAGAUGACUAUUCAGCUCAUGGAGGUAGAAUUGGUGGAGUUGACAUGGCCCACUAAUCGCAUUCAUUGAGGUGAAGCCGACGAACUGUCAAAUUUACCUCCAAAAGACGGGGGUGGGCGAGCCUGGCCGAACCCAUUAAGAGGGAGCCUGACCUGACAACACCUGACACCUGGCCGUAAAAAUGACACCUCGGGUGGAUUCACUUAAUUGGGCUGAUGUUGACUCCACCAAUUCUACCUCCAUGAUUCAGCUUGAUACUUACAUUUUACAUUAUUAAUCCCUUUAAAGACUUGGCUCAGUCCCCAAAGUCACUAAUGAGAAGAGGGAAGAGUAUAAAGGCUGAGGUGUUUGAUGGCAUAUAAUGUUUCACAGUGGCAUUAAGAAGGAAGGAUGUAUCGGUUAAUUGUGAACUCAUAGCAUAGAUUAUUUAUUUUCAACCUGCCAAGCAUUUCCAAAGAAGUUGAAAGAAUAUAAGUGCUUGGGUGAUGAUUAGACUAAGUUUGUUGCUUGAGAAAUUCAGAAUAGGCUCAUACACUCCCUUUUUUUAUUUCAUUCCCUUUGUCAUAAUUCUUUACUUUUUUCCUUGCCUUCCCCUCCAUUUCAUCACCACCUCUUUAAGAAAUGUUUGAUAGAUGACUGAAGGAAAGGUUUUACACUUUUUCCUUCUUUUCACCUCAUCGUGUUUUUCUUCACUUUUUCCUUUUCAUCACCUUCUCUUCCUCACUUCCUUCGUUGAAUUGAUAGUAUGUUUGAGAAGCAAGCAUUUUCAGUUUAUUUAUUUUAGGUAUACAAAGUGAAGCUGUCUUUAUAUUUAUUCAGCUGAUGGAACUUGGACAUAAUACCUACUUAAGAUGAUGUUUGAAUGAGAAAAAUGUGAUAUAUGAAUGCAGGAAGUCAGGUUGCUGAGUUGGCCAACCAUUAAGCUGAAAGCAUGGUGUGUUUAUAAGAUAUGUAUGUGAUGUGAUGCUGUUUUGUUCACAUUUAUUCAGGUGAUAUAAAUGGAGAUUCUCAAAAUCCAGUUUGAAGAAAAGAAAAUUGAAGGAAGCAAGGUUGGCGCGAAUUGGUCAAGGGUUGUACGCGAUGAACAUUACUUGUCAGAGAUGUGAAAGUGUUUUGUUGGUAUUUAUUCAAGUGAUAAAAAUGGAUAUACCUAUUUGAAAAGCUGUCAGAAUUAAAGAGAAUUGAAGGAAGUGAGGCUGGUGAGAGUUAGUCAUGGAUUGUAAUUGAAGAAUGCUGCUUGUUAGUUCAUUACCAGUGUGUUCAUGAUGUGAGGCUGUCUUGUCCAUAUUUACUGUCAAUGAAAACAAGAAAACAAUGGAAAUUAGUCCCUGAAGAACAAAUGCUUGGGUUUUAAUUUACGAUGCAAAGUAUGCAUUUCAAUGUAUGUGGAAAGUUUACUUUUUUUUUUUCAAUUUUUAUUAAACUUUCACCUCAGUUAUGUGGAUAUAUAAACAAAAUGCUCUGUACCAUUUGAUGUGUACAACUUCAUUUUGUUUUGUAUUGUGUUGCAGCUGUGCAUUGUCAUUAUCCUCAUCUUUUCAGCUGUUACUAAUCCACUGCAAGACAGACCAUUUCCAUCCUCCUCCACCUGUGAUGUUUGUGUUCACAGUCCUAUUCUGGCAAAUGCUCUAGUUUCUCUCCACCUGGUCUUGUCUGCUCUUACCGCUACAAUUUCUGUGUAGCCGUUCUGUUACUUUAGUUGUCCACCUGUUAUCACUUCAACACAAAAUAUGACCUGCCCAACUCCUUGCCUUACUCUUAAAUAAUCUGUAGUAUAUCUUCAACUUUUUUUCUAUUUUCUAAUCCAUGAUGCACACUUCUUAUCUCCAUAUCAUACCCAGCAUUUUUCUCUCCAUUCCCCUUUGUAUGCUUAACUCUCUCUAAGGGCUGUAUUACAAGUUGAAUCUCAAAAGUUUCGGGUCCCUACAGAAUUUGGUUUAGGGGCCGUGUUACAAGUUGAAUCUCAGAAGUUUCAGGUCCCUACAGAGUUAUUCAUCCCGAACUCUGUAGGAACCCAAAACUUCUCAUAUUCAACUUGUAAUAUGGCCCUAAAUGUUUCGUGGGGUUCCAAGUUUCUAAAUCCUGUAUUAGGAUUGGAAGGAUACACUGACUCUUCAGGCCGAGUGGCUGGCAGCUAUUCAUGAUAUUACUGUGGAUCAAGUUCUCCAUACCAUUCUUAUUUUCUUCUUGAUUUAUUUUUCUUUGGCUGGGUUUGCAGUAAUGUUGCAAAAACUCCUUACUAACACUUGCAUCAUUUGAUAAGUUUCUGGGUCUGAACGUGAUAGAUAUUUUACAAUUUCUGUAAGACGACCGAUUUUUGCUUUAAUUAUAUGGCAGGACAGGGCUGUUCAUUUCCUCAGUGCUGUGUGGGAAAUGUCUUGAACUACAUUAGGUUCAGUUGAAGUUUUCUGAAUAUGAACAUGGAGUACAUAAGGUGUGUCGUGUCUCUUGUGUGAUGGUGUCCUGUAAAGUGUGGCGAGGCAGAGCUGCAUAGUCAUCAAACUCUGUGUCGAUAAAGGAAAGGCGAUACUAUUCUUUUUCUUGAAAAAUAUAACAAUUUUUGUGUACAUAGUUACUCUGAUGGAAUAUAGGAGAUUUAUUUAUCAUAAUAAACUAUUUCAUUUGU